AUGCAGGCUCUAAAUUUGGGCGUUGGAGACAAGGUGCCUGUAAAUACUGCCAGCUUUGAAAAUGGAGAGUCAAACAGUACAGCUCUCCAGCAGUAUCCGGGCAAGACAGUGUCAUCAGGUGCGCAGUCCCGUCGCGGCCUCUUGCGUAAAAGCUCUCGCGGGCGCAGUGGCGCGGCCUUCUUGGCAUCUGCUGCAGCGCUUGUUGUGCUAAUCUUCUUAUGUACGCGAAGUCAGAAGAAAUGGAAUCAACUGCCUGCUUAUGGUCGGCAGUUGUCGGGGAAUGACAACUCCAGGUUGGAUGUCAAACGCUCAUGGUGCAAUGAUUUGCCAGAAAAUGCAGAUAUUUCGUCUGCUGACAACAAGGCGGAGGUGGCUACCACGCACAAGCCUCGUACCAAACGUGCACGUGUUGAGGCGGAGUCUAAUGGUAGCAGCGACCUAUCUAGUGUUGACACAGGUGUGCAACAAGCGGCACGGACCUCAUCGAAGGGGGCUAUUGAACCAACUGUCGCAACUGCACAGCGUCAACCACUGCGUCUCCCCAGUGGUUCUAAGAGUGAAGCUGGGCAGUUGAGUACGUACGAACUUCAAGCGGCUGCUGCACUUCAAGAACUGUGGGGGAGUAAGCGUUUCACAGUUGACGCCGGUGAGCAGCCUAGACGACAGGUUGAGGAGAAGGCUCAGCCUUCAACGAGUGCUGCAGCACAGGGGGAAGGCAGUGCGAAAAAGGUUUCAUUACUGCACAUAAUUGUCUCACGCAAGCCAGCUGUUGAUCUUGAUGCACUUAUCGGUGCUUAUAUAGAUAUACGUUUUCACCCCUUUUGCCAUUUGCCAUUUGUGGACCCCAGCCGAAUUGCAAGGAAAUUUUUGCCGGAGUCCGCCCUCACGCCAGCGUUCACAGUAGAUAGACCCAUGCCACUCCUGUUGAGGGCAUACGAGCUGUUUAGCAGAGCAUUCCUGCCCACGAAUGAUUUGGAGGUGGUGACAUUUAUUGCAGAACGGCUAGCGGCGCACGCAAUCCAUUUCCAAACGAGUCCACUGACUGGUCGUCCAGCGUAUCGGGCAAUCCAGACGCUAGGUCUCCGUUUUCUGAUAUUUGAUGUCAUUGUGUCAGUUCUAGAAUUACUGGGUCAGCGAGCAGAAGGGCUUUGGUGGGAAAAACUUUCCAGCUCCGUACCUCACGAGUAUACUCCACCAGUCACAACUGUUCAUCUGAGUAAAAAGAGCAAAACAUUCAACAUUUUCCUUCAGAAGCUCAGCGCGGCUUUGAAUACUUUCAAGUCAGGAAAACGCCCUUCAUGUACAGUGCUGAUCACCCUCAAACAAUUCUUGAUUUGUUCGCCCCAUGCCCCUGCCUUAUUCAAAAGUAAAGAGUUCGAUCCAUGGAGACACGCGAACGGAAGUUUCACUGUUGCUCGAAAAGGAGCCACUAUAGGAUACCAUUAA